ACCACAACAUUCGCCCGGGCGGCGGCGGCGGAGCUGCGAGCGCGAGCCCGGGGCGGCCGCCCAGCGCCAUGUCGGUGAACACGGACGAGCUGCGGCACCAGGUCAUGAUCAACCAGUUCGUGCUGGCCGCGGGCUGCGCGGCCGACCAGGCGCAGCAGUUGCUGCAGGCGGCGCACUGGCAGUCCGAGACCGCCCUAAGCACGUUCUUCCAAGAAAGCAACAUUCCUAACAGCCACCACCACCCGCAGAUGAUGUGUACUCCUAGCAACACCCCUGCCACACCGCCCAACUUCCCUGAUGCGCUGGCCAUGUUCUCCAAGCUUCGAGCCUCUGAGGGCCUGCAGAGCAGCAGCCCCAUGACAGCCGUGGCCUGCUCCCCCCCUGCAAACUUCAGCCCCUUCUGGGCCGCAUCCCCACCCAACCACCCAACGCCCUGGAUCCCGCCCUCUUCCCCGAACUCCUUCCGCCAUCUCCACUGCCCACAGCCCACGUGGCCCCCUGGAGCAUCUCAGGGGGGCGCCCAGCAGAAAGCCAUGGCAGCAAUGGACGGCCAGAGAUGAGACUGGAUGGCACUGGGCUGGAGCAGGGGGCAGUCCAGGGUUGUGGGGACACAGGAGGGCUGGGGAGGGGGCAAAUACAAGGGGGGGGGGUUUCUUGAAGAUCGCACUGGAAGAUUUUAUAAGAGAAUUUUUGUGGGUGGGGGGACAGUAAACGUCCUGAGCCACUUGGGUUCUUCAGGAAUUUCUCUUCGGGAAAGUUUUUUUCCUCUUUUUAAUAUAUAACUAUAAUAUAUGUGAAUAUAAAUUUGGCUAAUGUGUGUGAGUGGGGCCUGCACCUGUGGUAUGCUGGGGUCAGGGGAAGGCUUACAAAAAUGCUUUCCUUGUCAACACCUCUUCCUCUGCCCAGUUGAGGGGAGCAGGGGUGCACAUCUAUGGAGCUGCCUGAGCUGGCUCCAUAGAAGGCACACCAGUCAUUAGGAACAGCCCCCACCCCCAGGGAGGU